AUGCUUGUUCAUCAGCUCCCACCUGCGAGUUCAUCACCAUCAUCUUAUUUACCUAUCUAUUCUUUGAAACGUGAAUCAAAUAAAAAAGAUGUAGGUUCUGGUUUAGGUUUCUUUUGGGUUUCAGGGUUUUCUCAGUUUUAUUUAUCGUCGCCGAUUCUUAUCUGCCUGUUCUUGAGUCGCCAGGAAAGCUCGUUGAUCAUCGGCAAUUUUUUGCAGUUCCAUUAA